CUUGUAACCAUUUGUGAAAAACAAACACUAGACCAUGAAUUGCUCCUUUGGGUUGCACCCAGUGAGGUCCAUUAGCUUGCCCUCUAGAUUGCACCCUACUUCCCUCAAAGUUGAUACAGAGUUUGACAAGCUUAAAAUUUGGGAAGCCUCAUUGCCAUCCUUGGAAGAAUCGAUUAGUGGCCAGACUAUCCUAAAAGGUCUGGUUGGGCUAGCUGAGCUGUACAAUAGUGUCGAGGAGCUUCUUCAGACUAGCCGCACUCAAGAAUCCAUUUUACACCAUCAAGAUAGUAAAGUUUUUGAAGAGGCACUUGAAGGUUCAGUGACUCUUCUUGAUGCGGGUAGCUGUGCUAAAGAUUUGUUGUCGAAGAUGAAAGAACAUGUGCAAGGACUUCAGUCAUCUUUGCGUAGAAGAGGUGGAGGUUCCAUCCAACAAGAUGUAAAUGCAUACACCACCUUCAGGAAGAAGGCAAAGAAGGAUGCUUUGAAGUGUAUUAGAUUACUAAAGAGAGCCGAAGGCAAAUUUGUGUUUUUGCCUCUAUUAGAAUUAGAUCCUCAUUUGUUGAUGGUGAUCAGAGUGCUUAGAGAACUAAGCAGUAUUACAAAUGUAAUUUUUCGACAUCUCUUAUUGUUUUUGUCCACACCAUCCCUUUUGAAAACCAAGCUUGGAGGAUGCUCCUUGAUCUCCAAACUGAUGCCAGUAGGUUUAGUCGUUAUUGAGAAGGGAAAGAAGAUCAAUAACGAAGUAGGGAGAGUUGAUGUUGCCCUUUGCAGCCUUAGUGCACAUGCUCGAGGUACUGGUGUUACAGAUGAAGUUCGAACUGUACAAAAUAAGUUAGAGGCACUUGCAGUCAGCAUUGAUGGACUCGAGUCUGGAAUAGACGCUGCAAUUAGGCGACUUAUCCAGUAUAGAGUGUCUCUCCUUAAUGUUCUUACUUGCUAGUUUCUCAAUCACCCCCUUAUUCUCUAGGGGUCAUAGGAUUAUACUUGUUUACAGAAUCUGCUUGUACAAAAAUAUGAUA